AUGUCAUGAUAUGAAAGGAGGAUAUUUAGAAGAUAAACAUACACAAGGAUGUCAAACAAAUGAACCUUGUUAUCGAUUUUUUCGUUGGCAUCUAAUUGAUAUAUUCACUUAUUUUUCUCAUGAACUUGUUACUAUUCCACCGUUAGUUUGGAUCAAUUGUGCACAUAAAAAUGGUGUUCAAAUACUUGGUACAUUUAUAACUGAAUUUGAUAAUGGAAAAGAUAUAUGUCGUCAUUUAUUAGCAUCUGAUGAAAAUGUUGAUCGAGUAGUUGAUGCUCUUGCAUUACUUAUGGCAUGGUAUAAUUUUGAUGGAUAUUUAUUAAAUAUUGAGAAUCCAAUUGAACCAGAAUAUAUUGAACGUCUUCUUUCAUUUGUUUCAAAACUUAAAAUAGCUUGUUCAAAAAUUGAUCGAAAUAGUUUAAUUAUUUGGUAUGAUAGUGUAACAAUUCAUGGUGAAUUAAAAUGGCAAAAUCAAUUAAAUGAAUUAAAUAUGCCGUUUUUUGAUGCUUGUGAUGGAAUAUUUUUAAAUUAUACAUGGAAAUCAGAAAUGCUUAUACAAUCGAAAAUAAAUGCUGGAGAACGUUAUCGAGAUGUUUUCGUUGGUAUUGAUGUUUUUGGUCGAGGAUGUUUUGGUGGUGGUGGUUUUAAUACAUGUGAAGCAAUGUCUUUGAGUUAUACAAAUGAUUUAAGUACAGCUUUAUUUGCACCUGGUUGGCUGUUUGAAACACUUGAUACUAAUGAAUUUCUUGAAAAUGAUAGAAAAUUUUGGAAUUUAUUAGAACCAUAUACAAGUCAAAGAAUUCUUCAUAUGAAAUCGUUAACAACAUAUUUUUCUGAUGGUUUUGGCGAGAACUUUUUCAUUAGUGGCUUAAAUUUAGCGACAAAUCCGUGGUAUAAUCUUAGUUUACAAUCUUAUUUACCAAAUGUAUUAAGCGAAAAUAAAUGGUUAAUUAAACAUGAUGAUGCUUAUUUCGGUGGAUCAUAUAUUGAAAUUAAAGGAAAUACGGAAGGUUAUUCUAAAUUAUUUAAAUGUUUAAUUCCAAUUGAAUCAAUUUGUGAAAUUGUAUUAGUUUUUAAAAAUAUUGAUAAUAUUAUACCUGAACUUAAAUUUGAUAAUGGAACAUUCAUUCAUUUAUAUAAAAGUGAAAAGGAUUUAAUCAUUCGGAAUUGGAGACAAAAAACAUAUCGAGUUAGUGUAAAUGAACGAAAAUCGAUUACUGAUAUAUCGAUUUGUUAUGAAAAGAAUGUAGAUUCAGUUAUUAAACUUGGCUAUUUAUCAAUUCGUCCUAUUGAAUCUUGUUGUUCAAAAAUCGAAUUAUCAUCACCAUUGAUUCAAUCAAUUGAACAUAAUUCGAAUUUAUCCAUGACUUUACAUUUUGGUGAUUUUAUUCAAGAACAAAUAUCAUCAAUAAUAUUAAUUUUUGUACGUGAUCAAUUUGAACAAUAUACAUUUCUUGGUGCUACACAUCAAACAUAUUUUGUUAUUUUUAAAUCAGAAAUAAUCGAUGAUAAACAAGAAUAUUCAACAUUAAUUGUUCGACAUUAUUCACUUGAUAGUUUAGAUUUAAUUAAUGAAACAAUACUUCGAUUACCAAUAGCAUAUAAUUCUUAUGAUAAACAAUUCGAUCAAGUUAAAGCUAAAAUAGAAAGUGAUCCCGAAUGUCUCAAAAAGAAAGAUCGUGAUGGUCGUACUGUUCUUCAUUGGGCUUGUUCAAGUGGUGCAAAAGAUAUUGUGAAAUAUUUACUUGAAGUUUGUCAUGUUCGACCAGAUAUUCCAGAUGAACUUGGUUGGACACCUUUGAUCAUUGCUGUAUCAACUGGUCAUAUUGAAAUUGUUCGAAUGCUUUUAAAAACAAAUAAAGUCGAUAUUGAACAAUCUAAUUCAUCCGGUGCACGACCAUUACAUUAUGCAUGUUCAAAAAACUUUUAUGAAAUAGCUGAAUUAUUACUUGAACAUGAUGCUGAUAUAAAUGCAACUGAUAAAUAUAAACAAACACCAUUAGAUCGUUGUUGUUCAAAAGGAAAUACACAAAUAGUUCAAUUAUUAUUAAAACAUCCGAAAAUUGAUCUAAGUAUGCAUAAAGAAUGUGAUGGCGAU